AUGACAUCACAUUUACAAAAUCUAGUUGAUCAAUUACCCCAAACUAGAGAAAUUGCUAAAAAUCGUAUAACGAUUGCACAACAAAAACAAAAGAAUCGUCAUGAUGCACAAAUUAAAAACCU